UGUGGCAAGCCACCUGUUACUGGUUCAAAGGAAUUAGAUGACUACCCAGAAAUUCAUUCCUGUGUUGAAAAAAUACGCAAAUUACAAUCAGGGUUAUCAAGUGGUAAAAAAGAUCGUAGUGACAGCUUUAAAGAUUUUUUUACCUGGCUAACUGAUAAUAAUGUAGAUAUAUCAACUGUAGAAAUAACGGCUACUGGUGAAAGUGGGUAUGGUUUGAAAGCUAAAGAACACAUCAAGGAAGCCUCCUUAUUUUUAACAAUUCCUAGAAAAUUAAUGCUAACAGUGGAUUCUGCUAAGAAAUCAGUUUUAGGAGAAUUAGUAAAAGAAGAUAAAAUACUAAGUGCUAUGCCAAAUAUUACCUUAGCUUUACAUUUAUUGUGUGAGAAAUAUACUCCUGACUCAUUCUGGGCCCCUUAUAUCAAUAUUUUACCUGAAUCUUACAACACACCUUUAUAUUUCACCUCUGAUGAUUUACAUCAAUUAAAAGGUUCACCUGUUUUAGGUGAAGCUGUUAGUCAGUAUAGAAAUAUAGCUCGUCAAUAUGCCUAUUUUUACAGAUUAUUACAGAAACAAGAACCCUAUAUCAGUAAACUUCCAAUUUGUAAUAACUUUACCUUUGAUGAAUAUAGAUGGGCUGUAUCUACGGUGAUGACACGUCAGAAUCAAAUACCAACAGAGGAGGGGUCAAAGGUGACAUUUGGGCUGAUACCAUUAUGGGAUAUGUGCAAUCAUACCAAUGGACAUUAUACGUCUGAUUUUAAUGUGGAGAAAAACGUUAGUGAGUGUUACGCUUUACGCGAUUUUGAAGCAGGAGAACAAGUGUAUAUAUUCUAUGGAGCACGAUCAAACGCUGAAUUCAUGAUACAUAAUGGAUUUGUUUAUCCAGAAAACGAACAUGAUAGAGUUUGUAUCAAACUGGGAAUCAGUAAAACAGACACAUUAUUUCAAACUAAGUCUGAUAUUCUAGGUCAGAUUGGUAUUUUACCGUCAAGAUCAUUUUUCCUCCACAAAGGACAAUUUCCAGUAGAUGGAGAGUUAUUGGCCUUUCUUAGAAUCUCCACAGCUGAUGAUGCAUUAUUAAGAGAACAAUUUGGAGGGAAUGUUACCAUGGAGAUGUUAGAAAAUUUAAAAGAUGAAGAAAAACCUAUAUGUGCUGAGAAUGAGAACAAAGUUUGGUCGUUUUUACAGACACGAGCUUCUUUGUUAUUAAAAACAUAUCCCAAUACUGUUCAGGAGGAUCAAGAAGAAUUGAAUUCUGGGAAAGAUUUAACAGUGCCGCAUCAAAUGGCUUUACAAUUACGUAUUGGUGAAAAACAGAUCUUAACUUCCACAAUGGAAUAUUGUUCUCAGAAGUGUUCAGAAGGAGAAAAAUGA